UUCAAACGCAUUUUUUUUUAUUGUUAUUAUUUUUUUUUAUUUUUUUCUACAGCCUAAACAAAAAAAAAAGAAAAAGCAUGCAAUCGAAUUUAACACAAUUACAGUAUCAACAGUUGCAAAUCCAGCAACAACAGCAAAGGUUAGCAUCCAUGAUGCAACAAAAGCAAAGAGGAUUUCAACAACAACAGCAGCAACAACCUUGGGAUGAAGGGUUCAAUAAGCAACAGCAAUUAUUCCAAAUGCAACAACAACAACAGCAACAACAACAACAACAACAACGCAUGUUGAAUAAUAGUCAAAAAGACAUGCACAUGAUGAGACCUCCCAACAUGUUACCACCCGCUGCCGCUGCCGCCGCCGCCGCUGCUGCUGCUGCUGCUGCUGCUGCUGCUGCUGCUUCAGUACAAUCAUCUACGCCACCUCAACCUCCCAUCGUUCCCAUUAUUACCACACCCGCGACCAAUCAUGCCAAGGCCAUCGUGGUCAAAACUGAUUUGCAAAAGAAAAACUUACAGCAAUAUGAAUACCGAGAUGAAACCUAUCAAGAUGUAUUGAAUUUACAACACAAAAAACAUAUUGAAUUAGCACAGACCAAAAAAAGAUCGAUAGAGGUUGCUAGUUUGGAAAGAAGAAAUCGAAUGCAACCUGGUGGUCCCAUCAUUACCUUUGGUCCUGGUUAUCAAGGCUAUGGUAAUGGUAAGACGGGGACGCGUAGUAAAAUUCGUUUUCCUCAAGACAAAAAGAAGAGAAGAGACUUUAAAUUUCCAGCAGAAGCCAUUAAAGAACAGGCCAAGAAGGAAGAUACUCUAGUUCCUAUUCGAAUUGAUUUAGAACACGAAGGAUAUAAAUUGAGAGAUACCUUUACUUGGAACUUGAAUGAAUCGUUAAUUACACCAGAACAGUUUGCUGAAGUGAUGUGUGAGGACUUGAAAUUGCCUUCCAACAUUUUCAUGGACCAAAUCGCAAAGGCAAUCAAAGAACAAAUUGAUGACUACAACUUGAAUGCUUCUAGCAUGAUGAAGGAUGACGCUGAGGAAUCACCCGAACAAAAGACAGAGGCACUCAACACAAUUUCUCAAGAAUCCAACGAUAUCUCCUCUGGCACCCUAUUCAACAGCAACAGUAAAGGCAUCGAAUUACGUACCAUCAUCAAAUUAGAUAUCACGGUAGGAAAUAGGGAAUUGGUAGAUCAAUUUGAGUGGGAUAUCAGUUGUCCACGUAACUCGCCUGAGGAAUUCGCGAAUACCCUGACCAUUGAAUUGGGCCUCGGAGGCGAAUUCAAAACCGCGAUUGCACAUUCGAUUCGAGAACAGAUUCAUAUUUAUAUCAAGUCUUUACUACUUGUGGGUUACGAAUUCACGAAUGAUUCCCUAAUUGACGAUGAAAUUAGACACAGCUUUUUACCUUGUCUUAAGCAUAUUGUGCGUGAUAACACAACCAUUGAAACAUUUACACCUUCCAUCACUGAAUUAUCCGACGCCGCUGUUGAAAAAAUGGAAAAGGACAGAAUGAGAGAGGCUAGACGGAAACGACGAGGUACUCGUGCUAGACGUGGUAUUGUUUUACCAGAUAGAGAGCCUCAAAAGACACACCGAACCGGAUUUUCCGUACCACCUCAACAAGAAACAACCGACGAUCAGUUCUUGAAUGGAAAUAUGUAUGACCAAAUUGGUGGAACACAUAAGCGCAGUGCCGCAUUAAAAGCUCGUAUGAAUAUUGCAGCAGAAGCAGCCGAUACAGGUGAGGAUAUCUUGGGUGCAAGUAGCUCUAAUAUGCAAGGUGUCAUUUCCUUGGGUAGCAUGAAUAAAUUCCAAUCCAUGAAUGAUCAUCAAAAGUAUAUGAGACACCAACAGCAGCAACACCAUCAUCAGCAACAACAACAACACCAUCAACAACAACACCAUCAACAACAACAACAACAACAACAACAACAUCAGCAACAACAACAGCAUCAACAGCAGCAGCAACAACAACAACAACAACAUGGCUGGCAAUCCCAUCAACAAUAUCAUUAG